AUGUUUGUUUCUCCUCCACCGGCUUCAACGACAGGCCGUGGUCUCUCUAAGAGACAGGGUGGAACAAGCAAUCAUCGGCAUAAAGCCAAUAGUGGGUUUUUACAAUCGAUCCCAGAAGGAUCGUCGGCUGUGUCUUAUGCUCCGUCGAUGGGAUCAUCACAGUCGUUGGAAGGUUCUCUUUAUCAAACGGAUUCCCAACCACAGAUUCCUAUGAAGAAGGAUACGGCUAAUUUUGUCAAUGCACCACCAGAAUACGCUGACCGCGCCAGAGACGAAAUCCGUAAAAGGCUGCUGCCAUCAGGGAACAGGACACAUCGUUACAGCAGAGCUGACAGUGAAGUGUCGUCUAGACGGUCGAGUGAUAAUCGUAGUGUUUUUUCGUACAACACAUCGUCGGAUCAGUCGAGCAUAUUUUCGCAGCCAAGCACUGUUUUCACGCAUUCCACCGUCGAUAGCUCGCCAUUUCUGCCUCCUCCAAAGAUAGUCACGCAUGUGUCGCUGCAGGAUGCGCUGCCGAAGACCUUCUACGACAUGUACGCUCCGGAGAUUCUGAUGUCAGACCCUUCGAACAUUCUGUGUAACGGGCGCCCCAAGUUCACCGAGCGAGCGUUGCUGGACUGGGAGUUGAACGAUAUUCGGUCGCUGCUUAUAGUUGAGAAAUGCAGGCCGGAGUGGGGAAACCAACUGCCGGAGAUAGUCACCGAUGCGCCCAAUUUGCCGCAUUUCAGGUUUCAACUGUUGCCCUUGAACUCGAGCGACGCGUUCAUAAUCGAGACGCUGGUGAGCUCUGACCUGUACAUGGAGGCGAAUUUGGAUGAUCAGUUCAAACUGACGAGUGCCAGGUACACCGUGGCCGCGGCAAGGAAAAGACAUGAGCAGAUGACAGGCCGAGUAGAGCCCAUAAUGGAGCUGUCGAAGCCAGAAUGGAGAAAUAUUGUCGAAAAUUACCUGCUGAACAUCGCAGUCGAGGCUCAGUGCAGAUUCGAUUUCAAACACCGCUGCUCCGAAUAUAAGAAGUUCAAAUUCCAGCAAUCCAAUUUGAAAAGACCGCAUAUGCCUCCUCCAAAGCUAAUUCCAAAUACUGAUAGAGGGAAUUUCAUGGAGAACAGCGAUCGCUCGGCCAACGGCAGUAGUCUACUGAAGAAGGCGUUGUUGAAAAAUCUGCAACUCAAGUCCUUCAACAAGAAUAACGCGGGCGAUACUAACAGUAACAUUAAUGAUAAUAACGCAAGAUCGGCUGGCUCGAUACAUCAGAACGAGGGGAAAAUUUCGCUGACAAAGGAAGAGAAAGCCAUGCUUUGGUCCCAAUGUCAGGCACAGGUCUACCAGAGGUUGGGCUUGGAUUGGCAACCGGAUAAAGUCUCCUAA